UGGGGGGUGGGGGGUGCGCUGAUGUCCUCUCUGGUGCACUCAGCCAACCCCUGCUGCUGUAAUGUAAAGCUGGUAGUAUCCUGGUGUACCGCUGUAAAGGAUCCGCGGAGAAGGGGACCCCCGGUUCGCGUACGUCGGCGCCUCCAACUUCAGUCAUUUCUCUGCAUCGGAGAGAUUCCGCUCCCAAAAUUACGCAUGGAAUGGUUUUGGGGGGAUUGGAGUAGAAAUGCAGCGCCGCACUUCCAGCCCACAACAAGAACCAUGCCCAGCUUACAUUGCAAGCAAAUCUAUGACAUCCUGUUUUAUCCGUUACGACUUUGAUAUGAGUGAAAUUUGCUCGGAUACCGACGAGGAGUGAAGAGAAAAAAAGACCCCACACAUACACAUACAGCGUACAAGCUGAAGGACGCUGUUUUCGCUGCAGACGCUUGUUGUACCGAAAACCUCUGCAUUUAGGAUUUUUCUUUUUUUGAUGGAGCUGGAGAACAUAGUAGCCAACACUGUACUGCUAAAAGCGAGAGAGGGUGGAGGAGGAAAGCGGAAAGGGAGGAGCAAAAAAUGGAAGGAGAUCCUCCGCUUCCCCCAUAUAAGCCAGUGCACUGAGCUGGGAAACAGCAUUGAGAGGGAUUAUGUCAGCAUAUGUGAGAAACAGCCCAUUGGACGGCUCCUCUUCCGUCUUUACUGUGAGACCAGACCUAAACUGCAACGAUGCAUCCAGCUACUGGACGCAAUGGAAGACUAUGAGGUAACACCUGAUGAAAAAAGAAAAAGCAGAGGGGACCAGAUAAUCAAGACUUUUCUCUCAAAACAAUCACCUCAGCGUGUAGACAUAGCAGAAGUUUUUGCAGACCAGUGCAGAGAGAACCUCGAGCUCAGUCCAUGUAAGGAGAUCUUCAGCAACUGCCGCAAGGCCGUUCAUGACUACCUGAGUGGAGCUCCAUUCUCAGACUACCAGAACUCCAUGUAUUUUGAUCGAUUCUUGCAGUGGAAAAUGCUGGAGAGGCAACCAAUCACUAAAGACACGUUCAGGCAGUACCGAGUGCUGGGGAAGGGGGGAUUCGGAGAGGUGUGUGCCUGCCAGGUCAGAGCGACAGGGAAGAUGUACGCCUGCAAGAAGCUGGAGAAGAAGAGGAUAAAGAAGAGGAAAGGAGAGUCCAUGGCACUCAACGAGAAGCAGAUUUUAGAGAAAGUCAACAGCAGAUUUGUUGUGAGUUUAGCAUAUGCAUAUGAGACCAAAGACGCUCUGUGUCUGGUGCUGACCAUCAUGAACGGCGGAGACCUGAAGUUUCACAUCUACAACAUGGGCACGCCGGGCUUUGAGAAAGACAGGGUCCAGUUUUACGCUGCUCAAAUCUGCUGCGGGCUCGAGCAUCUGCACAGGGAAUGUAUUGUCUACAGGGAUUUGAAACCGGAGAAUAUCCUAUUAGAUGACAAUGGACACAUCCGUAUUUCUGACCUGGGGCUGGCCAUCAAAGUGCCUGAGGGAGAACUCAUCAGAGGCAGGGUGGGGACUGUGGGUUAUAUGGCUCCGGAGGUGAUAAACAAUGAAAAGUACGGCAUGAGUCCUGACUGGUGGGGGCUGGGCUGUCUCGUUUAUGAGAUGACCGCCGGGCGAUCACCAUUUCGCGCCCGCAAAGAACGGGUGAAACGGGAGGAGGUGGAGAGGAGAGUGCAGGAGGAAGAGGAGGAGUACAAUGACAAGUUUACAGAGGACACUAAGGCCAUCUGUAGAAUGCUGCUGACCAAAGACCCUAAGCAGAGGCUGGGGUGCCAGGUGGACGGGGCAGCGGGUGUCAAGGCCCACUCGUUCUUCAAAAACAUCAACUUCAAGAGGCUGGAGGCUGGAAUAGUGGAGCCUCCCUUUGUUCCUGAUCCCCGGGCAGUGUAUUGUAAGGAUGUUUUGGACAUAGAGCAAUUCUCCACAGUCAAGGGAGUAAAUUUGGACCAAACUGACAAUGACUUCUACUCCAAAUUUGCUACAGGCAGCGUUUCCAUCCCAUGGCAGAAUGAGAUGAUAGAAACUGAAUGUUUCAGAGAUUUGAAUGUGUUUGGGCCUCAAGGGACGAGACCUCCAGAUCUGGACUGGAAUCAACCGCCAGAGCCACCCAGACGCAGCCUGCUGGACAGGAUCUUCAGGAGGCAUCACCCAGAAGUGUCCAUUUCCCACAGCCGUGUGCAGUCUUCCAGUGUAAACUCCGUGGACUCCAUGUCCAACUCUGCCCCCUAGUGGCACAGUGACAGUGUGGGAGCCACACACACACACACACACACACACAUACACACACACACACACACACACACACACACACACACACACACACACACACACACACAAAGGGAAGGAGCUCCGAGGGGCUUCCCUGCUGCUGAUUGGUCCACAGUCGGGGCCUGAGCAGCAGCUCGAGACAGCCUGUCUAAAAAGCCUAAACGGUCAGCCCAUGGGUGUGGGGGGUGGGGGUGGGGGGGGGUGACCAGGCCCUGAGACCCUGGGCAUUUGUAGUGGGAUGGUUAAUGUUGCAGAGACAUUUGGAAAUAUUGGGACAAACCUUACUCACCCUCAGGAUUGUUGGACUAUAGAGCAGAGCCACUGAUGUUGAUGAAAACAGAAAAAAGAUAGAAAACAAGCUAAUAUUCAGGGGAUCCACUGUAUAAUAAAGACCACCAUAGGGAAUAGAAGAUGGGGUCUUAGUGAAUUUUUGUUUUUCCAGAAACUGAAUUUCUUUUCCACUCACUUUCAGUUCCUUUACUUUCUGGCCUGUAUCUUGUACCGGUAUCUCUCCAUCUACUUACACCCCACCAUCUGUACAACUCACACUCUAACUUAUUCUUUCUCUGUAUUUCCUCCUCCCAUACCUCAAUUCACUCCUUAAACAUUCAGAACACAUCACCUCAGCAACCUCAACACAUAAUGUACAUUGCCUUGCGUACACUCAGGCCAAAGAUUACAGUUUAGUUUUGUGAUACUGUUGUCAUGUUGAUUUCUUGGGGGUUAUUUUUUGAAGGUUUUUAGCCGUCGUUUAGAACCACAGGAGGAUCAGAAUGCUCGAUCCGUUUUAUACACUUUCUUUAAAUAUGAGCCUGCAGACAUAUCAUAUUGCUUAAAGCACACAUACAGCACAUACAUACAUACAUACACAAUCAGAUAGACGCACACACACACAGACACACAAACACAGACACAGACUUGUGAGAAUCGUGUUGUGUUUUCAUUGCAUGGACAAGUGUAAGUAUGGACAGCUGUAUCCCUUUCGCUUCUGCAUACCUCAUUCCACUGAUGUUAGCAUCGUAUACACACGGACGUCUCCCUCGGUUUACAGUGUCACUUUAUAUUUGACAUUAUGUGGAGUUUGAAAACGAAUUAAUAUGCUGUACAGAAACAAAAAUCUCUUCUUUAGUUUUUUUUUUUGUGCUCAAUUUUCUGCACAGUCCCCAUGGAGAGGAACACAUGCACUCAGCCUGACUUUACAAUUUGCACAAUUUAAAAUAAUGUCAUGCUGUUUUGUCACCAAAUGAAAAGUGUUUUUACCUCUGACCAUUAAGGCACAUUGUUGUAUUGAUAUUCUCACACGCUGGUUAUUUUCUACAUCCGAAACUAAAAGUGUUCUUGCUGUCCCUAUGCCUUUUUCCAUUUAAAAGACACUGCUGCGUAGCCAUUGCUGUACAGGGUUUUUUAUAUUUUGCCCCUUUACACUUAUUCUUAACAUGCUCUUCAAAAUGCCUCACAAAUCUAAAGGGUCUUCCUCUUGUUUUGUGUUCAACCAUAAUUGAAGACACAGGGUAUCGACAGCUGCAUUUAUCCUAUUUGAAUUUUUAUUUAAUCAGUCCAGUUUGUUCAUGUUGGAGCAGAAGGGGAAGAGGAAGACGCCAGAGGAUCCUGCAAAACACCACACAAAGAAGUGGCCUUCUCGCAGCAGCACAGCCAAUUAAACGGGGGGGAAGAGCCCGAGUCUCCUCUGCUUGUUUUAAGAAUGUGGUAUUUUCUCUAUUUGAUGUCGUGAAAGCCGGUCCAUGCAGUAAUUUUUAAUCGUCCUUACAAUUUCAUGCAAGCCUGUUUUUUUUUUCUUUGCAUACUUGAUAUGGGAAAAAAAAAAUCUGAAUCAGACUGAAGUGCCUCCUUGUUAGUAUGAUCUCCCAGACAAUGCCCACACAGACAUCAGCACUUUGUUUAUUCCCUGACUGUCAUGCUCUGUUUGUUUCACUGGGGAACGCGUCAACGCAAACACACACAGUUCGUUGGAAGUGAAGGGACGGACGAGCGAAGGACGCGGGGAGGAGGGAGCUGAUGAACGAGGGAGUUUUUCCUUCUUAUUGUGAUGUACAGCAAAGUGCUGAGUGCAUGUGAAAGCCAAACCCACUGUGUCCUUCAAGUCCCAAUAAACUCUGUGCUAUAGUUUGAGUACUCCA